CACCACAGCUGGUAAUAGUGCAUUGCCCUUUGCUUUUAUUCUAGUUGUAAAAUUAGUUGGCAACUAGUACCUUUUCCUACAUCUUUGAGACACAGAUGCUCAUGCUGAAAGCACAGCUUGUCUCUGGAGCCAGUGGUUGGCUGAUGGCGCUCCUAGUGAGCCCACCCCACUCCAGCACUGUCUGGAAGCAUCCUGUGAGACAGUUUGUUCUUCUAACUAAUGUAGAAAAGUGGGCAGUAAGGUCAAAGGAUCGUCCCAAAUGGCAAAUGCUCUGAUAGAGAUGAUUGGACUUCACUGGCAUUGAAAAUGCCCCACCUACUGCUAUAUAUUGCGGGAGACACAGAUUUCGGAGCAGAUAGAAACCCACACUUCAAAAGCCAAGAGACUCCAGAAGCCUACUUGAAACCGUCUAAAGAGGGCUUCACUAUGCAGAGAAAUCUGGUCACAGCAAUCCUCUUAGCAGCCCUGUUCAUCAACCUUUGUCUUUGCCGGAGAGCCAGUACACCAGGGAAACGAAAUAAAAAGGCUCCCCCCAGUAGCGGUACCAAGCUGCCAACCCCAACUUCGCCACCAACAGUCCAGGGAAAUCUGUGCCGCAGUGGUCAGUUGAUUGACAAUGUGGCGCUACGGCUGGACGGUGACCUCCAAUUUUACAGGGCGAAUUGGAAAGAUUUUCCAGAUGGACUUUAUUACCCCAACUGCUCUUUCCUUCUACAGCCAAACGUUUCCAAAGAAGUCCUUGUUGAUGAAUGUGUCAGUUUCACAGUGACAUCAAGCAAUCUGGAUUUACCGGAAGGAAAGAAUGCCACAGACCAAAGGGCCAGGGUGAUGUGGCAUGUGAUCAACCAUUUGUGUGCCCAUGAAACCUGCCACCAACCAUGCCCGCGGUCCUCAAGCACUGGAGGUCCCUGGCACUUGGGCCGGUUACUGAUUAUGAGCCUAAUAGGUUGUUUUUUUCUGUCUACAGAAUAAAGGUACCAAAAGGUUCUGCAAUUGAGCAGGAAAUAAGCAGGUAGAAUGGGCUCCCAAUAAAUCAUGCUUAGAUUUCUACUGUCGUGCAAACCAGCUCAUUAGCGGUAGGUAACAUGCAUGCCAGAGCUUUUCCCAGCCAUUUGCUUUGCCACAAUACACUACAUAUGUGAGAACCAUGCAAAUUGCUACAAUGCAGUG